GUGGAAUCUGUUUUGGCAAUUGGCAGGCACCGUUGUGAACUGAGAAUAGAAAGAGAGAAAAGGAAAGCAAGAUUUAGCGAUUAGCGUGUCAUCGCCACUGUCGAUUCCGAUUCCUUCAUAGCCGCCACCGCUGCAUGCACCUCUCCUUUCCCAGAUCUACUCCUUUUCAACCCUAACCCUAACAAAUACAAUCAUUCCGUCUAGGGUUCGCUUCACCAAUUCGUUUCUUCCCUGACAUGAAUUCGGCUCCGUUGGCCCAUUUUCGCUGACGGAAUUUCGAAAUGGUUCCACUCUUGCUGUACAUCAUCGCUUUCUUCUGCACCUGCGGAGCUAUUGCCUUGGCCUUGCUGCACAUUUACAGGCACCUCCUUAAUUACACCGAACCCACCUAUCAACGCUUCAUUGUUCGGAUCGUUUUUAUGGUCCCGGUUUAUGCGUUGAUGUCAUUCUUGUCCCUUGUUCUACCAGAGUGUUCAAUCUAUUUUAAUUCAAUCCGGGAAAUCUAUGAAGCUUGGGUUAUUUAUAAUUUCUUAUCGCUGUGUCUCGAAUGGGUUGGUGGUCCUGGAGCAGUGGUCCUAAGUUUAAGCGGACGGAUUCUGAAGCCAUCAUUGUUUCUAAUGACUUGUUGCUUACCUCCUCUAGCGCUUGAUGGACGUUUCAUACGUAAAUGCAAGCAAGGGUGUUUGCAGUUUGUGAUUUUGAAGCCCAUUUUAGUCGUUGUUACACUUAUACUUUAUGCGAAGGGGAAAUAUAAGGAUGGGAAUUUCAGUCCAAAGCAAUCAUACUUGUAUCUUACAAUCAUCUAUACGUUCUCGUACACAAUGGCUCUCUAUGCUCUUGCCUUGUUUUAUGUGGCAUGCAAGGAUCUGCUUCAACCAUUCAAUCCAGUUCCGAAGUUUAUUAUAAUAAAAUCUGUUGUAUUCCUAACUUAUUGGCAGGGUGUCUUGGUAUUCCUUGCUGCAAAGUCGGAAUUAGUCAAGGAUGCAGAUGAAGCUGCUCUACUUCAAGAUUUUUUUAUUUGCGUUGAGAUGCUACUUGCUGCUGUUGGCCACUUCUAUGCAUUUCCAUACAAGGAAUAUGCCGGGGCUAACAUUGGUGUAUCCCGUGGGUUUUCAGCUAGCCUUGCUCAUGCUUUGAAGUUAAAUGACUUUUACCAUGAUACCGUCCACCAGUUUGCACCAACAUACCAUGAUUAUGUUCUCUACAACCAUGGUGAAGGUGAAGAGGGAACUAGGAAGUAUAGGUCACGGACUUUUGUUCCAAUUGGCCCAGAGAUGGAGAACGUGAGAAGAAACAAGCAUUUGUUUGGAAACAAGGUGGAUGACAUACAGCUCUCAAGUUUUUCCUCUAGCAGUAGCACUCCCUCAAAUUCUGGCCCCAUCUCUGAUAUUUCACAUUCUGGUGGUAUGAAAUCUUCCUUACUCGUGGAUGUGUCAAAUUCUUUAUCUGUGCCAUACGAUAUGACACUUAUCGACUUGGAUUCAUCCAAUUAUCCUGAAAAAGUCCCAGCAGCUGAUAAAGUUGGUACUAGGUAAUCAAGAGGAACAUUCAGAGCCAAUUUAGUGGGAAAAUUGUCAUUUUUGAAGAGAGAAGAGAGUAUUAGGGGCAUUCCUACAUCUUUUCUCUUCUAGGAGAGAAUUAUGAGCGGAGUGUGGUUUGUUUGAUUCCAUGAAUGCGUGUAAGCUGGUCUGGCGCUAAUAUCCGUGUCAAUGUUGCUUAAAAGCCCUAUCUCUCCCAACCAAACCAAUGCUUGAUAAUUGGUCAUCAGUCUUCAUGUUGUAAUUGUCUUCACUGAUUGUGUAUCGUGUGCACGUCGUAGAUACAGAAAUGGUUGGCUUCAAACACGGCAUAUACUGAUUACUGAGUGAAUUUGGAUUAGAGCUAAAUUAACUAAUUGAUCUAUGUUCUUUUCUCCUUUGCACCUGGAACUUACCUAUCACUGUAAGAUUUAAUAGAAUGACUGCCAUCAUUUUUACCUUUAUAAAAUUUGAUGUAUAGGUUUUUACUCCAAAGUUUCUGGUUCUGGAGUGUCUCGUAACUCUUCCAGAUCCAUUAAAGCUGAAUACUCAUGUAUCACGUGAUCCGAUCUUUCAUUUUCCAAGGACAAAUGUUUAUUAUUGCCGAGUCAAAGGCCACAAGUAACUGAAACCUUGUACUACGAUUUUGCUUAAUUUCAUAUCAUGCAAGUUCAAUUAU